AUGGCCACGGAUUUGGCCAGGUUCGCCGCUUCGCUGCGUGCAAACCCGAGCAACAGAUCGUUUUUGGACCACGUCUCAUUUCCGAUGUACACUGUGCCAGCGGAAUUUCUGCUGCAGAUGAAACAUCUGAAGACUCACGAAGAGAUGCUUCAAGUUGGUGCCCUUGUGGAGUUCAGCACAGAUCUUGGCCAAGCCAUGUUCGUGUCCCAUGAGUGGCUUAGUAAUCGGCAUCCCGAUCCAAAUGCGGAGCAGCUUCAGAUAUUACAACAGGCGUUGAGGAACAUCGCAUCAGGCAGCAGCAAUAUUUGCGUCCCAGUUGCAACAGAAAUCAUGUUCGGUAGACUGCAGCUUCCGCGUGCUGACAGUGUGGGUGUCGACCUCUACAUCUGGUACGACUACUUCUGCUGCCCGCAGCACAGCUCGAAUGCAGCAUCCCUGCACCGCCAGGCGGCCAUUGACAGCAUUCCCACCUAUGUGUCACAAUGCUACUUCUUCGUGAUCUUGUGUCCUGCUCUCAAGCACGUCGACCAAAGUCGUACCCUUAGUCAGUCGAGCUGGGCCUUGCGGGGGUGGUGUCGCUGUGAGCGGGUUGCACGAGAACUUGCCGCGCGAGAAGAUGGGUACAUCAUCGUCAUUGAAAGUGCCGUGCACCAAACACUGGUGUGGCUUGGAAACAGGAUGUUGGAAGCACCUGGCGAAGGAGACUUCACUGUGGAGCAGGACAAGGUUAGGGUUGGCCGUAUGAUGGUUCGCAUGAUUUGGGACAAGCUGCUGUACUAUCUCGAGAAAGGUGACUUGCACAACUAUCGGUUCCUGUCAAACUCUCAGAGAGCUCGAUUUUUUCGAGGACUUGAUGUCGUGCCUAUUGAAAGCUUCAUUCCACCCAGUGGAGUCCAGGCCGAUGCGUUCCGGGAGCCCGACAAAUUUCUGCUGGAGUGGUUCCUUCAUCAGAACGGCUUUCGGGGAGUCUCCGAGCGCGAUGAGAAGGGAUGGUCUCCGCUGUGCUUCGCCGCGUUAAAUGGUGAUCCUCUGACGAUCAAGUCUCUCUUGCGCUACCGGGCCGAUCCUAACGACAUGACGGCAAAGGCAAGGAUCAAGGAACAGCUGCCUAGGAAGAGCAGCGUUGUGGCCAUCGCGGCCUUUUUUCGUAACAACGAGGCCGUGGAGGUUCUGUUGUCUGCAAGAGCUUCUCCAAAUGCACUUGACGAAAACUUUGGCAAUUCUCUGCACUUUGCCUGUGCUGCUGACAAUGCUGUGGCUGUGCAAUUGCUGAUCUCGGCUCGCGCCAAUCCGCAGCAGAAAUGCCUUCCCGGCCUGAACCCGUUCCAGGUGAGCUGCGCUUGUGGCAGCCUGCAGUCCAUGAAGGAGAUCCUUGCGCAAGUGCCGGAGUUGAGCUUGCGGCACAGCCUACAUUUCGCCUUGAUGUUCAGCGGAGGGGGAUCGCCCGAGAUCAUCACCGAGUUGAUCCGAGCCCGGGCAGAUGUGAACGAGCAGUUCCGAAUUCGCCUAAAGGAGCCAGGCUGGUGGCUACUUUUAAAUCUCACCAGCAUCCGGCACCGGGUGAGCCCCUCAAGGCUCACCUGCUUGGCCUAUCAUCAUUACGGCGCCACGCCGCUCAUGUUUAGCAUCCUGAGCGGAUACCUGCAGGCUGCAUCAGCGUUGCUGACUGCUGGGGCGCAUGUGGACAGCAUGAACUUUCGGAGGAAGACCGCCUUGGAUCUGGCUUCCCAGAUGCUGGUUCCGGCCUGGUUGAUGCGAUCGUUAGACGGCAGGGACCAGGGCCCACAGAGCUCUUUGAU